CGCCCCCCUCUCUUCCCUCCCCGUCUCCUUCUCCAUCCUCAGGUCCAAGAUGGCGGCGGUGGCGGCUCCUACGGCUCCAUCUCCGCCUCCCCCGCCCCCGUCGGGCCCGUGCUGCCCCGGCUCGUGGCCGAACUUCGCCGUGGUCUGCUCCUUCCUGGAGCGCUACGGGGCGCUGCUGGACCUGCCCGAGCUGCCCUUCCCCGAGCUGGAGCGCGUCCUGCAGCCGCCGCAGGAGCCCGGGGACCAGGUUCCAAAAGAGUUGGUAGAACUUCACUUGAAACUGAUGAGGAAGAUUGGGAAGUCUGUCACAGCAGACAGAUGGGAAAAAUACUUGAUCAAGAUAUGCCAAGAGUUCAACAGUACUUGGGCAUGGGAGAUGGAGAAGAAAGGAUACCUGGAAACGAGUGUUGAAUGCAAAUUGGGAAUUCUGAAGUACCUCUGUGAGUGUCAGUUUGAUGACAAUCUAAAAUUUAAGAAUAUCAUUAAUGAAGAGGAUGCUGAUGCUAUGCGUCUCCAGCCAAUUGGUCGAGACAAGGAUGGUCUAAUGUAUUGGUAUCAGCUGGAUCAAGAACAUAAUGUGAGAAUGUAUGUAGAAGAACAGGAUGACCAGGAUGGGUCGUCUUGGAAAUGCAUCGUCAGAAACAGAAAUGAGCUAGCUGAGACGCUUGAGCUUUUGAAAGCACAAAUCGAUCCUGCACUGUUGAAAAAGAACAACCAGCAGGACAGCUCAUCACAUGAAAGCCCUAGCAUAGAAGAUGAAGAUAGCAAAAAGGAGGAAGAAAUAUCUCCACCAGGAAAUGAAUUAAAAAUAAAAGAAGAAAAGCAGAACAUGGAGGAACAGUCAAAGGAAUUGGAAAGCCUUCCUCCACCUACAGUUCCAGCAGAUGAAAACACGAUGAAAAUGGAGAAAGUGGAAGAAAAGGAAAUUAUGAAACUGCCUGUCAUAGUAAAGCUAGAGAAACCUUCAGAAAACAAUGAGGAAAAGCAGAUUACCAAAGAAGAAAAUGAUUCCUUUAAAGAAAAUGUCAAGCCUGUUAAAGCAGAAGUGAAGGAAAAUAAAGUAGAACCAAAAGAUUUAAAAGAAGUAAAAAGCAGCACAGAUAAAAUAACAGUUCAUGAGCCUGAGAGAUUAGAGUUUUGUGUCAAUGUCAAAACCCCUCAAGAAGUUGUGGAGAAAUCUGCAGAAGAAAGUGAGAAACUUAAAAAUGACCAGCAAGCAAAGAUACCACUGAAAAAGCGAGAGAUCAAGCUGACAGAUGACUAUGACAGUCCAAUAAAGGGGUCCUUGUGUAAAUGUGUUACUCCAACAAAGGAUGUCUUGAAAGAGGAAGGAAAAUCAGAGGAGGAGGGUUUUAGACGAGUCCCUACAAUCACUGCUUUAUGUCCUGAUGGGAAAUUGCUAGUAAAUGGAGAGGUUAGCAGUGAAAAAGUCGCCCAAAAUGUCACCCAAAAUAAUAAGUCAGAACAUUCCAUUAGCACAAAGGAAGACAGCAGCAGCUCAUCAAAGGAGAAAAAUUGCAUCAGUGGGGGGAAAAUAUCAGACUCUUUAAACUCUGUUAGCAAAAUUGUGAAAACGUGUGAAGAUGAGAAAAAUGUGCCUACAGACAAAGAGGUAGCUGCUAUGGUCUCUGAGAUCUCUAAUCAGAAAGUGCCUUUAAAGGAGGAAUCUAGUCCUAUGGAAAAAGAGUCCCUUGACAGUAUGACUUCUGAGGUGGCUAUGGAGGACUCUUGGAAAGCAGGAUACUGCCCCAAGAAACCUGAAGAUAAAUUAGCUUUGAAAACUAGGAAGGACAGACGACCACCACUCAAAGAAUGUUUAGAAAAGCUGGAAAAGUCCAUGAAGACAUCCACUCCUAAGGAGCCUCCCAAGCUUGAGCUAACGGAUGAAGAGGGUUUGAAAAGCAAAAAUGAACUGGAGAAGAAAUCUGACUCUCCAAAAGCAGCUGAAACACCUCCAUUGUCUAUUCCUCCUGUUCCUUCCAAGAAAUCUGCUUUAGCAAAAGAGGGCUCAGAUUCCAAAAACAUGCUUCCUGAUGAAAGCAAAGUUCAGGAAGGAUCAGAUUCAGAAAAACAAAAGGAGGAAUUUGAAGCAACCCAGACAGAACCAGAUAAACAAGAUAAUGCCCAAACCUCUAAUAUAGAGGAGUCUUCAGAGUCUAAAAAGGAAUCUGCAGUACACAAAAGCAAAUUUAAAUAUAAACUGGUUUCUGAAGAGAACAUCUGUGUAACAGAUAACAAGGAAAUAACCUCCGAGAGGCAGAAGGAAGGGAUCAAGUUAACCAUCAGGAUCUCCAGUAGAAAGAAAAAGCCUGAUCCACCUCCAAAGACUCAGGACGCCGAGAAGAAGGAAGAGGAGGAAGUCAAUGUUGGUCGCACUUUAAGGAGAUCUCCAAGAAUAUCUAAACCUACUCCAAAAGUAGUGGAGACUCGGGAUCAGAAAACUGACAAAAAACGAAGUGAGGAAGAAGAGGAGAAACUGGCAGUGCUGCAAAAGCAAGACCGAAGAGAGGAUGUGAAAAAGCAAGAGAAGGAGUCCAAUUCUAAAGUGAGCAAGGUCACACAGAGAAGCAAAGUGCGGUGGACAGGUACUCGAACACGUGGCAGGUGGAGAUAUUCAAGUAAUGAAGACAGCGAGGAAUCUGAGUCCGAAGAAAACUCUGAGGAGGAAUCUGCGGGGGAAGAGGAAGAAGAGGAACCUGCACCUGCUGAUGAUGAUGAACCAUGCAAGAAGUGUGGCCUUCCCAAUCACCCUGAGCUAAUUCUGUUGUGUGACUCUUGUGACAGUGGAUACCACACAGCCUGCCUUCGACCCCCAUUGAUGAUAAUCCCAGAUGGAGAGUGGUUCUGCCCACCUUGCCAACAUAAAUUACUCUGUGAAAAGUUAGAAGAACAAUUGCAAGAUCUGGAUGUUGUCUUGAAAAAGAAGGAGCGGGCAGAGCGAAGGAAAGAGCGAUUGGUGUAUGUGGGUAUCAGUAUUGAGAACAUCAUCCCACCACAAGAGCCAGAAAUACCAGAAAGUCAGGAAGAAAAGAAGAAAGAUUCCAAAAAGUCAAAAUCAAAACGGCUUGAGAGGAGGUCUACUAGAACACGGAAAUGCAUAAGUUACAGAUUUGAUGAGUUUGAUGAGGCAAUUGAUGAAGCAAUAGAAGAUGAUAUCAAGGAGGCCGAUGGAGGAGGUGGUGGCAGAGGCAAAGACAUGUCUAAUAUCACAGGUCACCGGGGAAAAGACAUUUCCACCAUCCUAGAGGAAGAAAGAAAAGAAAAUAAGCGGCCACAAAGGGCAGCUGCAGCACGUCGCAAGAAGCGACGGCGACUGAACGACCUCGAUAGUGAUAGUAACCUGGAUGAGGAAGAGAGUGAGGAUGAGUUCAGGAUCAGCGAUGGAUCUCAGGAUGAGUUUGUUGUAUCAGAGGAAAACCCAGAUGAAAGUGAAGAUGAUCAGCUGUCAAAUGAAGACAGUGAUACAGAGUUCUGUGCCCGUAGACCCAGGCGACACCACUCCAGGCCAAUGAGACAAAGCAGGCGGUUACGAAGAAAAACAGUCAAGAAAAAAUAUUCAGAGGAUGAUGAAGAGGAAGAUUCUGAGGACAAUUUAAGUAGGGAGUCUGAAAGUGGUGAUUACACAGAUUACAGUGAUGAUGAUUACCUGGAAACUAGGCGGAGAAGAUCAAGGCGGAAUCAGAAGAGACAAGUUAACUAUAAGGAGGAUUCAGAAAGCGAUGGCUCGCAGAAAAGUGUUCGCUACGGAAAGGAGUUAAGACGACUUCAUAAACGCAGGCUUCCCAGUUCAGACAGUGAAGAGAGCUACAUGUCCAAGAACUCUGAAGAUGAUGAACCAGCAAAGGAAUCAAGGCAGUCUAUUCGAAAACGUAGCCGAAGUACAGAUGAAUACUCAGAAGAAGAGGAGGAGGAUGGGGACGAACCAGAGGAGGGGGGGAGACCUGUCCGCAAACGGCUGAAUCGAAUUGAAACAGAUGAUGAAGAUAACUGCGACAAUGCGAACAAAGAUGCAGAAAAGCCUGCACCUGCAAAUAAGCCAUCAGCACCUCAUGCUCCUCAUGACAGUACCAAGAAGCCCUGCUACCGGAUAGAAAGUGAUGAUGAAGAUGACUUUGAUAAUGUAGGGAAAGUAGAAAGCCCAUUGGACUACAGCCUAGUGGACUUGCCUUCCACCAAUGGACAGAGCCCAGAAGACUCUCCACUACAGUAUCACUUUUUAGAAGCAAGAAUUUCACCAGUUCUGCAGUCUUUCUGUGAAGUGACCAGUUUUGAACUUUGAAGAUAAAUUGCUGUAAAUUCCCUCUUAAUUUUUUUUCUCUCCUUCCAAGUCCAUGGUCCUGGGUAAUUUCAUUCACAAAAACCUUAUAACAACAAGAGAUUUGUAUAUUUUUGACUUUAUAUUUCCUGAAAGCAUACAAAUUUGUUGAAACAUGUGGCCUAUGAAAGCAUUCCAAAUCGGUCAGGGCCCAAAACGUAACUGGGGCAGGGGGCAGCGGGAGGCGGGAAUGGGGGCGUGUGCGCAGAAGCACUUGUGCUUUAGCUUUUUCAUAUGAGAUAUAUAUUAUAUUUAAAUGUUCAAAACUUAGAUUACAAUUUAACAGACAGUUUAAAAAUUAAUGUCUCUACUGUUGCAUUUUGUGAGUUGUAGGUUAACAUACAUAGCUCAUUUUAGUAACCACCUUCAUGAAAGCAGCUUGAUUUAAGAUUGGAGAUAACCACAGUAAAUAAAGAGGCCAAGAAAAUACAAUAAACAAGAACUCUAGUAUCCAUUUUGACUUGCAGAGUUUCCUGAUAAACAUCCUUUAAAGUGUUUGUACAGUAAAGUGUACUGUAAUGAAGUUUUGACGGUCAAAACAUGCUAGCAAUGAAUUUAUAAAACAGUUUUUCCAUACAUUUUUCAUCAGAUGGCCUUUAAUGUACAGUAUCUGGUGGGAGGGAAUCUGUGUGAAGUUAGUUUGUAAAUGGAAUGAUACCAUGUGAGUGCUGUAAACUUUUCACAGAUGCCAGAACCGCUGUAUAAAGUAACUGCCUGGCCAUUUGAGUUUUAAAUCAUCUAUCAGAGUAUUUUGAAAGGAAUACGUUUGUACAUACUGCAUUGACCACAGGAUUACAGCACAUCUGAUGAUGGAGGGAUUUUCAAACAAACCUUGACUGGUCCAUUCAUGCCCCUAAUAUCUACUUCAAAUUGAAGUAAACAAAUGGAGCAGUUUUCCUUUUGAAGGUUUUCUGUUUUGGAUUUGUGUGUUUCUGUUUUGAUUUACUUAUCUGCCUGGAUGUACUAGCAGGUUUUGAAUGUAGUGUUGGCCUUUGGCCAUUAGAAUUUUCUUAAAAUACAUUUUAAUAGUUGUCACAUGACCAACUGAUUUCAAGAAGGCAGUAUUUCUGGGAGAAAAUGCUUGACUCCAAGACAAUAUCUCAUCACUUUGAGUGGCAUGUACUUUAGCUCAAGUGUACAGAUUUUUUUUAACAGUUUAUUUGGCACAUAAUAGUGAAGCUAAAGUUUGUUUUGGAUAGCACUCAGUUUUCUCUUCGCUCUUAAUUAAGAUGUAGGCUGUAAAGUUUAUACUUGUUGUAGCUCACAGCUAAAACAUAGCUGCCAAAUGUUGAAAUCUGAUAAGGUCACAUCUAUUAAACCUUUUGCGCUGAGAUUUGGAUUCCUCUCCCCUCCCCCUCCUCCGGUGUUAUGUCCAUUGCCGGCAAUGGAUGCACCAAAUUUGCUGCUGGCACCAAGGAGUGAAUUCUCCUUCCUACCCCACCUAAACCUCCUCAAUGUCGUAUUGACUAGUCAGUCAGUAGUUAAGCACUUCUAUUUCAUUGUAAUAAAACUGGCAUUAGGCCUUUACUAAAUACCUCUCUAGAAAACCUAGAUCCAAAAAUACCUACCUUCUAGCCUUGAAAGUCCUUGUUUUUGUUUUUCCCCUCUGUCCAUGUUAGUUCUGUAGAACCGACUGCAUUAAUGUUAUUUCAUUGGGAUUCUAGCAGUUCAUAUAUCCUCAUGUAUAAAACUAAAACCAUCAAAGAUGCAAAAGGUUAGGACCCACUCAUCGUUUGCUAUGGUAAGCAAGGUUUGUGACUUAAGAAAAUGAGAAUUCACUUUUUCUUUCCAAAUGAGUUUAUUCCCUUGGAAUUUUUAAACAAAUAAUUAUUUCCACCAUGUCAAUUUAUAGUUAACAGGUUUCAUUAACAGAUGUUUAAACAGGGUAGUGCGAAAAGCCACAGAAGUUAGAAAGUGUUCUUAAGAGCAUAUGUAGCAUUUUAAGCUACUAUACCAUAUAUGCUUUUUUUUUUUUGCGCUUAGGUGAUGCGACAGUGUAGUGCUGCUACAUUUCUAAUAUACUUGUAUUUAAAAUGAUGAAUGACGUGGCUCCCAUUUUUCAAUGUUAGUAACUGUGCAUUUUUAGUAUUUGCAGUGCAAACUGUCUAAUUCAUAUAUGCAAUACUCUGCGCAGCCAAGACUUCUGUUUUGUUUAGGCAGUGCCAUAACCCUUUUGUUCUCUGACUUAGCCUUUUAGUAUCUGAUCAGUGCUGUAGCAAGCAUUCUUGCUGUAGCAUUAAUUCUAAAUUAUAGACAUAAGUGGGCAAUUAAUUUCAAUGUAAGAAAAAUACAAAAGAGUUGAAAGUAUUGGAUACACCAACCAGAGGAAAAAAUCAAAUAUUGUGUCUUAAUUGUGGGAAUGAUGUAAAAGCAGACAAUAUCAUAAAGUUCAGUCACAACACUGGAACGGAGGAUCCAGUCAUUUUUCAGGUACGGUCAGUUCCAUAAAUAUAUACAUGAUUUUGAUGCUGCUAUGGAGCUUUACUUCCUCUAUGUCAGUUUUGUAGAUUGACCUUCUAUCUGAUUAAGAAAAAGUCCUCUCUGGUGUUAAUGUCAUCCCAAAGAGCCCAAGCCUGAAACCCUUACACAGGCAAAGCUCCCUUUUAUAUCAGUGGGAAUCCAGACUGCAACAUUUGGCUCAAAGAGAGGGCUUACAUUUUCAACCCCAUCCCAAUCCCCAGUUUUGAAGAUUUUCUGCUUGCUGGGAAAUGUAUAGUAUCUUAUUUGGGAAAUGGCACUUCUUGAUAAGAGCGCAAGUGACCCCUGGUCAGAUGGUAAUAUUUUCAUUAGUCCACACUAUGGAAAUGUCUUCCAGUUGAUUUGGUGUCAUUCGCAGAUUGUGUUCUACUGUAAUCUUGGUAAGGAAUGAAGUGCAAUGUUUUUGGAUUAUGUUAAUAUCCACAAUGAAUACUAAUCUUCAGCUGUUGAUUAAGUUAAUUAGCAAAAGAUCAAAUUUUAGAAACACAAUAGAGACUUGCCUUGGGUUAUUUUAACGGAAUAGUUCCAACUGGAAAAGAAUAAGCAGAUAUCAAUCCUAUAUGUAAGGAUUUGAUUGCACAAACAGCUACCCAUCAGGUUGUGACUAAAAGUUGCUAUAUUGCAGAUUUUUAAAUUGAACAUUGUUUAGUGCAGAACUGACUGGGAAGAAAGUUAAUUAAGUGCAGUUUAGGUUUUAAGCAGCACUGGAGAGGGGAGGAAGCUACAAAUUGAGGGAAUUAAAUGAGGGAUGGAACUUUCUAAUCCAUUUCACAAAGAGAAGAAUGAUAUUUGCUGGCUUGCAAACCACUUGUAUGAGCAUUGAUGUCAAAAGUGUACAGUAAAUUCACUUCACACUAAAUGGAUGUGAUGGAUUACAUUAACAAAGCCCGUAAUAGAGUAAGAACUUCACCAUGGCUGUUUUUGUUGUCUUUGAUUCUUCUAAAUGAGUGUAUUCCUGGUUUUAAAAAACAAAUGUAGACACAAUGUAUGUCUCUUUGUUUAAUUAUGGGUACAGGAAGAUCAAUACUAAACAGUGAACUGUUUGAGCAUUUGAUAGUUGAUUCAGAGUUGUGCACAUUAAAUUACGUGAACCCGUUAA